AUGGAACCGUCGAAUCGGAAGAGGAGAGUAGGCGGCGACGACGACGGCCGUCCGCCGUCGAGACCGCGACCGUCGUCCCCGCAGCGGCUCCAUGACAGGCGUCGGGCGGCGACGGACGACGAGGUCGAGGAGUUCUUCGCCAUCCUCCGCCGAACGCGCGAUGCGCUGCGGUGCCUCGUCUCCCGGCCAAGGCCGGCGCCCACGUCGACGAGGUGGAGCCCGGAGUUCGCGUGGGAGGACUUCGCCGGGCACGGCACCACAAAAGACGACGGCGUUCCGCGGCCGCCGGCUUCGACGGACCCGGCCGGACCGGCGGAUAUCGUCGCACCGAGGCUCCUCGAUCUCAACGCCGACCCGGAUCCCGAGAGCCUGGCAGCGGUGAGUCCUCAUCCCGGUGCAGUUACCGCCCCCUGGGCUCGAGCGCUCGCUUAA